CUUCGUGCCCGGCAUAUUUGUGAAGUUUAACUUCUUUCAUGUGCAUUUCUAUCAAUCCAAUAUUUUACACCAAUAAACCUGGAUCGAAGCUUUUUUUGAAGUAUUUUUAUUGCGUACAUUUCUUCGGAUCAUGUGCUAUAAACUAUAGUUUAUUCACCACUUUGAGUGUUCUCCAAUCCUCUUUUUUGACAUAAGUUUUCUGUAAUACAUCUCAUUUUGUGUAUACUUUUUUCAUUCAGUAUUCAAUGAAGCAUUUCUUCAACAGCAAUUACUCUAAUGAAGCAAGGAGCAUCGUCUUGCCCUUUCUAUUUCACUAGAGGAGAAUUCGUUCGUGUUUCUUUUACGUAUCAAAAAUCGCGAUACAAUGGGGAGGUCAUGUCUUCGCAAAUGCAAACCUGCAAGAGUAAUGGGUUGGUUACAAAUCAUUUUGGGAGGGUUAGUAAUCUUAGUAAGUAUAUUAAGCCUAACAAGAUUCUACUAUGCUGGUUUUUUCUUUCACAAUGAAGAAAUAUGCCAACAUUUCUUUACUAUAAGAGAUCUAAAUGAUGGUUUUGAUGCCAAAGCAUUAUCUGAUAGAGUUGGAGAAGUAUUGGAUAUGUUGGAAUCUUUGCAGGGAAAGCUUGAGUUAAAAGAACAAGAAAUGGAGAAAAACAAGAGCAUAACCUUAGAUAAGAAAUAUUUAGAGGAUGAAAUAGUUAGGCCUCUUCAUAGUGCUAAUGUUGCUUUAAGACAGAUUAGACUUCCAAAGUUUGAAGAAAGAGGAAACUCCACAGUAAAAGAGGAUCCUUUGAUUAAUUUUUUUGUCACUGAGGAGAUUAGAAAGUAUAUAACCCCAAAGGAGAAUAGAGUUAGUAGGAUUAAUCUAUAUGGGUCAGACAAGGUUUAUAACACAAUUGGGCAUGCAUGUGUUUUGCAUAAGAAAGAGCUAGAACAGUACAUGGACUAUGACAUUGGUUCAUACUGUGAUGAUGAUUGGAAUUUAGCUCAAAAGCUUAUGCUUAAUGGGUGUGAUCCUUUACCUAGAAGAAGAUGUUUGACACGGGCUUCGAAAGUUUACAGUAAACCUUACCCAAUCAAUGAGUCACUCUGGAGAUUACCAGAUGAAAGAAAUGUUAGAUGGGGGAAUUACCAAUGUAGAAAUUUUGAGUGCUUAUCAAGCAAGAAUCCAAAGAAGGGCUAUUCAAAAUGUACUGGAUGUUUUGAAAUGGAAAAGGAAAAGCUGAAAUGGGUUACUAAUAGCUCACUUUCUGCAGAUUUUUUGAUCAGUGAUGUUUUGGCAAUUAAGACUGGAGAGAUAAGGAUUGGACUAGACUACGGAAUCGGCACCGGCACGUUUGCUGCAAGGAUGAGGGAAAAGAAUGUAACAAUUGUUUCAACAGCUUUGAACCUUGGUGCUCCUUUCAAUGAGAUGAUAGCUCUAAGGGGUUUGGUUCCUUUAUAUGUUACAUUAAAUCAAAGGCUUCCAUUCUUUGAUAACAUUAUGGAUUUGAUUCAUACAACUGGGUUUAUGGAUGGUUGGAUUGAUCUGCUAUUAUUGGAUUUCAUAUUGUAUGAUUGGGAUAGAAUUUUAAGACCAGGAGGGUUACUAUGGAUUGAUAGGUUCUUUUGUAAAAGAAAGGAUUUAGAUGAUUAUAUGUACAUGUUUCUUCAACUAAGGUACAAGAAACACAAGUGGGUUAUUUCUCCAAAGUCAAAGGAUGAAAUAUAUCUCUCUGCGUUGCUCGAAAAACCUCCAAGAGCCAUAUGAACACAAUCAAUUUCUUCUUUAUUUUCUUGUAUUUCUGCUAAUGGUGAAUUUUAAGUAUAGCUCAACAUUUCAUAAUUAUGUCAAAAUCAUAGAUUAAUUUAGUAAGAUUUACUUCCAGAUACGUGGCUUUGCCCGUAAUGAACAAUUACCUAAUGUAUUUUCUCUAUAAUAUUACCUCAAAUGAUGUAAACGAGAUCGGAUACUUACGUUCUGAAGCUUGUUCUUAAAUUGAAAAAUGAUUCAAGCUAUUAGAAUUUAAGUAUACCUUCAAUGUCUUUAAAUUUUCUUUAAACAUUUA